AUGGCUUGGCUUCGUAGGAAACAAAAAAGAUCCUGCCGCCUAGAUAGUCGCAAACCGACCCUUGUGCAGAGGUCCACUAAUAAUGAAUUAAAGUCAUCCUCGAAGAAUUUAAAAAAAGGUCUUAAAGGAAAGAAAACAAAGAUGAUUCAAAAGGAUACCCAUAUCGACAACUUGGUGCUCGAAGAAAGUAAAGAAAAUUGGGGAACUGAUGUUAUAUUCAGAACUGAUGGUGCUAACAUUCCAUCUGAUUUGGAAAUCUUCCCAGCUCAUAAAGUUACUGAUGAUAAUGAAACAAAAGAGGAAAGUGUGGAAUUAGUUCAAACUGAAGAUCAAUAUGUGAGCUAUUACGGUUACGAGGAUCAGCAUAUUUGCUCUGAGGCUACGCAGGAGGGCGAUUGGGAAGGGUUUGACCCCUACCUGUUCAUCAAACGACUGCCGCCGCUGACUAGGGAGAGGUGUCCUGCUCUUCCGUUGAAAACCCGCUCUUCGCCGGACUUUUCCCUCGUCCUCGAUCUCGAUGAGACACUUGUCCAUUGUUCCCUCACCGAACUACCGGAUGCCUCCUUUUCCUUUCCAGUUCUCUUUCAGAACACCGAAUACACUGUAUUCGUGAGGACCAGGCCUUUCUUCAGGGAGUUCCUGGAACGUGUGUCAUCGCUGUUCGAAGUCAUACUAUUCACGGCUUCAAAGCGUAUUUAUGCUGACAAAUUGCUUAACCUCAUAGAUCCGGCAAGGAGACUUAUCAAGUACAGGCUGUUUCGCGAACACUGUGUUUGUGUAAAUGGCAAUUAUAUAAAAGAUUUGUCAAUUCUGGGACGAGACCUCUCUAAAACUAUCAUCGUUGAUAACUCACCUCAGGCGUUUGGCUAUCAGCUGGAAAACGGAAUUCCAAUAGAAAGUUGGUUCAUGGAUAGAUCAGAUUCUGAACUGAUGAAGCUGCUCCCCUUCCUAGAAGAUCUAGUUUACAUGAAUGAAGAUGUUCGACCACAUAUCCGAGACAAGUUUCGCCUGUUUACAUUUCUUCCUCCUGAUUAA